CGCGUUUCUACAGCAAGCAGAAGACGCGCUUAGCAACAAGCUAAGAAAGCAUAUCUGUGGAACUCUUAAAGUCGAGCGCACACACACACACACUUUCCGACUUCUGUCUGGAGAGACAUUUUUAGAGAAGAAACGUGCUGCCAAUGGCGUAAGUUUACUCACUGUACUAAAAAACACACAAGCGGUUUCUCUGGUAGAGAAGCGAAUAGUUAGCCUGAUGCUAACGUCUGAGGAAAAGUACUAAGUGUCUACCUGGUUAGUAGUAAUCGACCGUUUUUUCACACUUUCGACCAUUGGGAUGGUGCUUUUGAUCGACGGAAGUCUUCCUACCGUGAAAGGGCUGAAGAGAGAGCAACACUGGAUCUGUUGGAUUUGGACUCCAACUCUUUCAGGGAGCGGCGCUCAUGUGGAUGUGUGUUUUUGUUCUGCCGCAAGCUGACGGAAACGCGUUGUCUGUCUGUCUGUCUGUUUGUUUUUCAUCCCUAGCUAGACGUUCCAGUCUUUACAAUAAUAAGCUUACUUAUACAGAAUAAUACAUUAUUCUGUAUAAAGCUUCCUUUAUGCUACAAGUUGCGUUUAGCGUUUCGUCCAUCUUCCUGGCUUUGAGCCAGUGCUAACUACACUGACUUAGCUGAGAGGAUCUGGCCUGUAAACACUCUCGACACUCUGAACUCUGCGAUCGAGCUGUAAAUGAUUAUGGCUCUGUUGUGCAUCUCACUGGACCGGAUUGACAUCUAACGGAAGAUUCGACGUUCUGAUUCGGAUUCGAAUAGAUUUCUAGACAUGGCCUGAAGCUGUACAGAUUAAUCCGGUUAAUGCAAAUCCUUUUUGUUUUGUUAACACCCAUUUGAAAGAGGAACUCCUGAGAAGAAACUAAAAAAGGAAAGCAUUUGAUGUUGGCCUUAAUAAUUCUCCACAAGCAUGAUGAUACUGAACAGGAAACCAGAUGGUCCGGUCACAGCAGCUCGACAUGGGGACGGUCUGUAUGACUCGUAUAUGCGUACGGACCACGUCGUGAACGAGGAAGCUGACCUGGUUGGAAGGAGCCCUGGCGCCCUGCCCCCAUUACACAAACACACAGCUGUGAACAAGCCAACGAUGAAGGAUCAUCUUGGGGUCCGAGGAGGACAGAUAAAGAUAAAGUACCUAUAUGAGGAUUCAUACAACCGCAAGGCCAAUGGCGUGAGCCAGCACAACGGUACCAGCCAAACUUCUGGCAAGCCCCAGUCUGUUCUCUCCAAAGGGCGGAGCAUGGACAGCAACAGUUCAGCCAAGUCUUCUGAAAGCUCAGUGAAGCCAACCAAGCUGGGGGGUCCCCUAACCCCAGAACAAGCAUUAAAGCAGUAUAGGCAACAGCUGAAUACGCUAGAACAGCAGGAGAUCCUCAAUUAUCCGGAGAUCUACUUUGUGGGACCAAAUGCCAAGAAGAGGCAAGCAGUUGCAGGUGGUUCUAACAACUCUGGAUACGAUGAUGAUCAGGGAGGAUAUGUCCAUGUUCCACACGACCAUAUUGCCUAUCGGUAUGAGUUCCUAAAGUUAAUCGGUAAAGGAAGUUUUGGUCAAGUGGCGAAGGUUUAUGAUCACAAGUUACACCAGCAUAUCGCUCUCAAGAUGGUGCGCAACGAGAAACGCUUCCACCGGCAAGCAGCAGAGGAGAUCCGUAUCCUGGAGCACCUGAAAAAGCAGGACAAGACAGGCAGUAUGAACGUAGUCCAUAUGCAAGAGAACUUUACCUUCCGCAAUCAUAUCUGCAUGACCUUUGAGCUGCUCAGCAUGAAUCUGUAUGAACUAAUCAAACGCAAUAAAUUCCAGGGCUUCAGCCUGCCUCUAGUACGCAAGUUUGCUCACUCGAUCUUGCAGUGUCUAGAGUCUCUGCAUCGCCAUAAGAUCAUCCACUGUGAUCUAAAACCAGAGAACAUUCUUCUCAAGCAGCAGGGUCGGAGUGGUAUCAAGGUCAUUGACUUUGGCUCCAGUUGCUUUGACCACCAGCGUGUCUAUACCUAUAUUCAGUCCAGAUUUUACAGAGCACCUGAGGUCAUUCUAGGCUCUCGCUACGGCAUGCCCAUAGAUAUGUGGAGCUUUGGCUGCAUUCUCGCUGAACUCCUGACAGGGUGCCCCCUAUUUCCUGGUGAGGAUGAGGGUGACCAGUUGGCCUGUAUGAUGGAGUUAUUGGGCAUGCCCACCCAGAAGCUUUUGGAACAGGCCAAGCGUGCCAAGAACUUCAUUAACUCCAAAGGACACCCACGUUACUGCACGGUCAGCACACUCGGUAAUGGCAACUUGGUGAUUAACGGGAGUCGCUCCCGGCGAGGCAAGAUGAGGGGUCCCCCAGGCAGCAAGGAGUGGGUGACGGCACUCAAGGGCUGUGAUGACGCUAUCUUCAUUGACUUUCUGAAGAAGUGUCUGGACUGGGAACCCAGUACUCGCAUGACACCAAUUUUGGCCUUGCGACACCCCUGGCUCUACAAGAGGCUACCAAAGCCUGUGCCUGGUGGAGAGAAGACCUUGGUACCCAAGCGGAUUACCGAGCAUAGCACUUCCUUCCCCAGCAUUGUCCCUAAGGUUCCCCCAGCAAUGGGCCCAAUCAGCAACAAACUGAGGACCAACAUGAUUGGGGACUCUGGUGGGAAUAUACCGUUGCGUACAGUGCUACCAAAGCUCGUUUCAUAGGGCCGAUCUCCUUUUCAGGGAUAAAAACACUGUAGCAAAGUUUUUAGUGUUGGAAUUAAGUUUGAUUUUGUUUGCUUUUUUAAAAUAACGAGUGGCAAUACUCUUCAGUGUUUUGAUGUCAGUUUUUAAAAAAAAUGAAGCACAAAAAGAUAAAUUUUUAUAUGGCAGUUAAAAAAAAUAGAGUUUUCUUUUUUCUUUCUUCAAAUGGCCUUUGAAAGGGCAUUUGAAAAGUUAAGAAUAUAAUUUUGUUUUUGCACUAUUUGCAGGAACAGAAUGUUACUUAAGUGCACAAUGGGUGAAAAUACUAUGUUGUACCCUUACAGGGUUUACAUUAUUUCUGCUUUUUUUAAGGGCUGCCUUUUUAAAUCUAUACUGUCAAGAGCUUAGAAAAAAAUGCUGGGUGUUUUGGAUGCUCUUAAAAUUUAAUCAUGACUUCUGAGAUGUAUCUAUAGCAAUGAGCUUUAUUGGAUUACCAGAGGUUUCAGCAGUCCUCUGUUUUCGCAAAGAAAUUGUAUUUCAUUAUUUUAGUUCAUUAUUACAAUCAUCUUGGGCUUCUGAUUAUCUUCCCUUUCUGCUCAUAAUCAGGACACUAGAGCAAGAGUCGUUCUGUCCUCGUGUGCUUCAAAAUCACUCUGCCAGAAUGAACCUGGAUAUUGUCUGUCUUAAGCAGGGAGAUUUUAAUUUUCUUCUUUUCUACCAAGAACCUGUUUGAAAAGACAGUGUAGAUGCACCUGAGAUAAUAAGGAAGUUAGUUGAGAGCAGCAGAGUGCAUCAGGGUUGGGAGGGAGUUUUUUGAAAGUUGUAAGUCAAGUUGUACUUGAAGGAAAUGAGCAAGAUGACAAGUGGGCUUGUAUUUGUGCAGUCCAAAUGUUUGCAUAAUCAAGCAAUGGUUGUGUCCUAGGGAUCUAUGUUCCUGGCCAUGAUAUCUCAACCAUUAAUCGCUGGAUUUAGAUUAAGGACAAACCAAUCAGGGAGCUUUUGUACAGCGGCAUGCUAUCUGCAUAUCCUUUUUAUUAUUUUUUUUCACAACUUUGAAACCUGCUGUUGAUGUCUUCUGACUCAGAUCUACACUGUGACCUGAUUUUCUAUCCCUUGUUUUUUUUAUACUCUUUUCUGUGAUAACGCUAAAAGCUUCCUCUUCAUGCUCCUCAUGCUCUUGACUGCACCACAGAGCAUGUGUCCAUGCAAAUUUUUACUUGUAGGGAAGAGCUUUUGAUAACCACAGAAGCAAUGCUGUUUGUUGACACUGCCAUGACUUCUUACUCUUGCUGGCCAUGAAACUGACACUGAUUGAUUUAAAGGCUAGUUGUUAUGAGACAGACUGGGUGGUAUUAGGGAAAAAAAAAACAACAAAAAAGACUGCCAUAGAGUCCUGUAUUUGUAUACCUGUGUCAAACCACCUCUUUCUUGGGUCUUCCCCUCCUUUAGGUAUACGUGAUGAUACGUGGGAAGCUGCUACAAAGCAUGACAUUUACCUUUGUUUGCUGGAUUCUUUUUAUUCAAACUGACUUCAGACAAGAUGCAAACCAAUUUUACACAAAUGUAACCCUUACCCAACCCUUUAUUCUGAGUGUACAGGCAAGCACAGAUUAAUACCAUAGUCUUGUCUGUAAAGUCAAUGAUCAUGACCAGCAAUCAACAAGAAGUGCUUCUGGAGUUAAAAAGUGUACAGAAUGUUCAGGCUUUGUUAGUCUACCUCUUAAUUACCCCUCUUGGGUUCUGGCAAGAUCUCAAACGUUCAUCGUAAAGUCAAAGGUGUUGCAUUUUGCUUCUGACUUCGCUUCAACAUGAAUCUUUGCCUAAUUUCCUUCUCAUCUUUGGUCCUCUCACUAGACAGAACUCUACUCCUUUCCUUUAGUGGAGUGCUUGACUAAAUCACUUAGGCUCUACACAUUGCCUCUCUUUCCAGCUUCUAUAACUUGACUGAUCAGGGUGUUUUUUGUUUUUUUUGUUUUUGUUUUACUUCUUCUGUGUGUCCUUUUUAACCUCAACAUCAUUACCAGUUUGCAAACUAACUUGAAAAUCAAAAAGAGAAUGAAAUGACACAUUUGUGUAAUUUCCCUUCUGUGGUGUGUGUGUGUAGCCAUUUGCAUCAUGAAUAUGAAAAUAAGUGUAAAAAGACUGAACGAUGAGAAUUGUGUCCAUAAAGUAACCAAAUGAGCUUGCAUUAGUUUUUUUUAAAAAGAAGAAUAAAAUCGAUAUUAACUACAA